GUGUGCGUGUGUGUGGUCCUGCAGGGUGCCGGCCAGGAGAAGCUGGGGAUCUACAUCAAGUCCGUGGUGAAGGGUGGAGCAGCCGACAUGGACGGCCGUCUGGCAGCAGGGGACCAGCUCCUUAGUGUUGAUGGGAGGAGCCUCGUUGGACUCUCACAGGAGAGGGCGGCAGAGCUGAUGACCAGGACAGGCUCGGUGGUGACUCUGGAGGUCGCCAAGCAGGGCGCCAUCUACCACGGCCUGGCCACGCUGCUCAACCAGCCCUCUCCUAUGAUGCCCAGGGCCUCGGACAGAGGGCGUGACAAGAACGGGAAGUUGAGACCAAAGAGCGAGGGCUUCGAGCUCUACAACAACUCUGUCCAGAACGGCUCCCCUGAGAGCCCCCAGGCGGGCUGGGACUCCUACCCUGAACCAAAGAAGACCAACGAGGAGAGGCUGCUGAAGAACCGGGUGGACCACCGCUCCAGCCCCAACGUCGCCAACCAGAGCCAGAGUCCUGCUGGCAAGGCUGUGUACCCCGGCGGCCCCGGGACCAAGAUCACCUCCGUCUCCACUGGCAACCUCUGCGCCGAUGAUGAGCCCUCCCCCCCUCGCCCAGAGGCCUACCCCAUCCCCACCCAGACCUACCCCAGGGAGUACUUCACCAUCCCAGCCUCCAAGAGCCAGGACCGCGUGGGGCCCGGGCCAGGCCAGCACUGGCACGGCCCCGACGACAGGGGCCACCCCGUCGCCAUGGAGGAGCACCUCAACAACAGCAUGGCCAUGCAGCGAGUGGCCCAGUCUCAGGAGGACCUGCAAGGAGGGGGCUACCCCCCUCCAGGGGGGCUGAGGCCAGAGGACCUGGUGCACCUGCAGCACCACAGGGAGGCGGAGUUCCAGCGGGAGGCAGAGUUCCAGCGGGAGGCGGAGUUUCAACGGGAGGCAGAGUUCCAGAGAGAGGCUGAAUUCCAGCGAGGGGGGGGCGACCACUGGGGGAACCACGGCAACCACGGUCAGGUGUCGUCGUCGGUGGAGUCGUCCACCUCCAGCCAGGAGCACCUCAACUACUCCUCCUCCUCCAAGACCCCCGGCAACCACAAGAGUGGCCCCGGCCGCUGGAAGACCCCCAACGCCCCCCACCCCGGACCCGCCGCCCCCCAGCCCUCGCGCUCCGACCUACCCCCUCCCCCGCCGCCUCCUCCCCCCGUCCACUAUCCGGACUUCGAGGCCCAGCCCGACCUCCCCCCGCCCCCGCCUCCGUCCGCGGGCCCCUCCCAGGCGGCCCUGGCGGCCGAGCGCAGGAAGCGGGAGGAGCAGCAGCGCUGGUACGAGAAGGAGAAGGCCCGGCUGGAGGACGAGAGGGAGAGGAAGAGGAGGGAGCAGGAGAGGAAGCUGGGCCAGAUCCGCAACCCCGCCGUGCCCCUGAACAACAACAACGCCAGCCAGCCCCCGCCGCAGCACCAAGCCCCGCCCCCCUCCAUGCCCCAGGCCUACCUGCCCCCCCAGCCCCAGCCCUACCUCCCCCCCCAGCCCCCCAGGCCGGCGGAAAAAGUAUCCAGCCUGCCCCGCACGGCCGUGGCUCCCGGCCCCCCCCAGGACACGGUGAUCAGGGAGCUCCUCCCCCAGCAGCAGCCACGCACCAUCGAGAGACGAGACCUCCAGUACAUCACCAUCAGCAAGGAGGAGCUGUCGUCCAGCGACAGCCUGUCACCCGACCCCUGGAAGAGAGACGCCAGGGAGAAGCUGGAGAAACAACAGCAGCUCCACAUAGUAGACCUGCUGGACAAGGAGAUCCAGGAUCUACAGGCCAAGCCGGAGCGCACAGCGGAGGAGAGCGACCGCCUGAGGAAGCUGAUGCUGGAGUGGCAGUUCCAGAAGCGUCUGCAGGAGUCCAAGCAGAGCGACGAGGACGAAGAGGAGGAGGACGACGAGGACGUGGACACCAUGAUGAUCAUGCAGAGGCUGGAGGCUGAGAAGAGGGCACGGCAGCAGACUGCUGUGCCAGCAGCUAUCUCUGUUCUAGACUUGUUGCAGGACGAGGAGAGGCGGCGUAAGCAGCAGCUGGAGGAGCUGCGUCAGCGCGAGGCCGAGGAGCGCUCCAAGCAGGAGGAGGAGAGGAGGUGGAGGGAGGAGGAGCGGGUCAGACGGGAGACGGACGAGAAGAGGAGGCAGGAGGAGGAGUAUUACACCCGCCUGGAGGCGGGGCGUCGGAGACAGCACGAGGAGGCGGAGCGCCGGCUGCUGACGCCAGACGAGCCGGGUCUGUACCGGCCACCCCUCCCCCAGGACUACCAGCUCCCCUCCCCCGCCUCCCCCACUAACACCCCCCUGUCCCAGCCCCCGCCCCCCCCGCCCCAGAGGAACACCUCCUACCUCAAAACGCAGGUGGUCUCCCCCGACACCCUGUACACCGCCAAGUUUGUCUCCUACGGGGGCGAAGAGGAAGAGGAGGAGGAGGAGGAGGAAGAUUCCGCAACGGUGGUUGCCGCGGGGAUGGGCCUAGCAGGUCAGGUUAAGAUGGCCGCCACCAGGAAGUCGUACGGCGACCUCCCGCCCGCUCGCAAGCCGCCGCCCACUGCGCGCAAGCCCCGCCCAGUCUCGGACGGGAUCUUCCUGUCCAGCUCGUUCAAUGCCAACAGUACUGGCCACACCCCCCCUAUCCCCGCCAAACCCGGCUACGCCCCCAAAGGAUUUAACUCAUACACUGGAAACCCAGCAGGAGUUGUAGGAGCGGGAGAGCUCUACAAAGACCCGCGGGAGAAAUGGACGAAAAGUGGUCAGGAGCAGGAGAACGCUAACCCUGGCGGAGCCCCGGAGAGCCUGACCUUUAAGGAGCGCCAGCGGCUCUUCUCCCAGGGCAAGGAGAUCUCCAACAAGGUCAAGGCUUCACGCAAACUUAUGGAGCUGGAGAACGAACUCAACACCAAACAGUAGAGACCGGACCCCUCCGGAGGAAGAGCCAGAGGGCCUAGAAACCCCCAUCACCUUCCCUCUCCCCCUCUCGAGUGACAGGAUGGAGAAACCUGACGUUCUUCUUCACUAACCGGUCUCAUCUGUGCGUGUGCAUUCUUUUUUUUUAUAUUCUUGAAUAACUGGACCCUUUACGUACAAUUUUGAUGUAUCGUGGCAAUAGGAGAGACCUCUAUGGCUUAAAUUUUCCCUCUUUAAACUAUCAAAGAUAUAUUAUGAUGAAGCACUGUAAAAAUGUUUUAAUUUCUUCUAGUGAGACAAAUUUGACAUUACAAUGAAGGGGGAUAUAUUUUUGUUUGUAAAAUGGCUCUUGGGUUCGGGAUAAGAUUUUUGCUCAUUUAAAUUUUUUAAAAUAGCUUACUGUAAUGUGGACUAUUUUAUGGUGUUAUUUUAUGCUCUUUUCUGCAUUACAUAUUUUCACUUUUAAUUUCUUCUUGUUUAAAUAAAUGCCCAAGUGUACCAGACCAAUCUUUUUUUAGUUAACUUUUUCUGACGAUUCUCGGUGAUUGAUGAGUAAUUUUGUCCAUUCUGGUUUGCCAUACACUGUUUCUUCAUUCCUUAGAGAGUGUGGGGGGUUUUAACUCUAGAAGGUUCUAUGACAUCACUUCCUCCUGUAUAAACUGGUUUACUGAGUCCUGGUGGAUCUUCCUAAGUGCACAGUCACCUUGUAAAUAAAUCUCUGGUUUUCACUUUCUGCUGCUGUUAGUAGCAGCUUCUUAGGCCACAGUUUGAUCUUCAGAGCGCCCCAGGUCAGAGAUGAUGGACCAGACUGCCCAGAGCUACUGCCUCCAGCAGCACAUUUUAUACACGCGUGUUGUAGGAGCUCACUGACACCCAGACCCUCCACCCUCACCCCUCUACAUGUCAGCAGUCUGGAGCGGGCUCAUCAGUUUUAUAAUGUUUUCUACCCCCCCACCCUACGCCCAUCCUCUAACUUUUAGUACUGGUUUUCUUUGUUUGAAGAAAUUAAUAGUCAUUUGCAGAGUUGUGUGAAAUUUGAGCGGUUGUAUACAUUUUGCCAGAAUGAUGACAAAUUACAUCCUUUGUUAAUAAGAGGAGAUGACUUCAAUCUCAGUUCAAAUUAUAAAUACAAUUUUAAUUACGGAAGAAUCUUCACGUGAAUUGCAGGUAUUUAUUUUGAACCUUAUCUAAAUGUCUUGCGCAGAUUCUGUUCAAUUAUCUACAAUGUAUAAAUGAUUAUAAUAAAGAACUUAGAUUUGGGACCUAUACUGUAAGGUAAAAUAACUGUAAUAACUGUUCUUUAUCAAUGAUCUGGUGUUUGUCAUGAACCUGGAUCACUUGCAUCUCCUCUCUGUCUGCGUGACUCCAUUUUGUGUGUAAAUAUUCUUUCUUCCAGGAGAGUGUGGACCAGACUCUUACUGAUAGGACAACAGUCAAUAGCUUCUGUUCUCUGCUCUCAAGGUAUUACCUGAUGUGUACACACUUGUGUUCCCACCACCUUUUAGGUUACAAACUGAAUCAUUUCAAUGGGUUCAUGUUAGCCUUUUGUAAAUCAUUAAUAAAUACAGAUUUUACAACA